AUGCCUCAUCUCGACGUGCCUGGGGCACAGCUCUACUAUGAAACCAUCGGCAGUGGCCCAUUACUACUGUUGAUCCCCGGCGGCAAUGGAUCGGGCGAUCUGUGGCGCAUUCUCGCCGAGCAGCUCAAAUCCCACUUCACCGUGACCAUCUACGACAGGCGCGGGUUCUCGCGGAGUCACCUUGUUGGCGCCCAGGAUUACGAACACCGCCUUGAAACCGACGCCGACGAUGCCAGUCUUUUGAUCAGGCAUCUCUCCAGCGACGGCGCACCAGCCACUGUCGUUGGCAACAGCUCCGGCGCCAUCGUGUCCCUGGAGCUCUUGUGUCGGCAUCCGGAGUGCGUCCGCGUCGUGGUCGCACACGAGCCACCCGCCAUACGAUUUGUCCCAGACUCGGACGAGCUCUGGGCGACGCAGAACGAGAUCUACAAGACCUACCGCAAAUCAGGAAUCGCUCCGGCGCUGGACAUGUUUGCCGACAUGAUCAAGGCCGGAAAGGAGCGAGAGGGCCUCGUCCGCGGGUUUGGUUCGACCGAUCCGUACGUGAAGCUCAACACAAUCUAUUGGUUCGAGCGAGAGUUGUUGGACUAUCCGUAUCGCCAGUUCGACCUGACGGUGUUGGAGAAGCAAAAGGAUCGUCUGCUCUUAGCCAAUGGUGCCGAUUCGAAUAAAGAAGCACUGCAGUUCCGGGCCAACGUUGCGCUGGGGGAGAAGCUGGGAUUGGACGUCAAGCUUCUCCCCGCGAUGCAUAUUGGUUUCGCGACGCACCCCAAGGGCUGGGCGCAAGGGCUGCUGGAUAUCUUGAAGGACAAGAAUGACUUUUACGCCAAAGUAUAA